GAUCUGCUAUGGUGAUCAGGGAUAGACAGCAAUCAGCUAGAGCUAAGCAUCUAAUUCUGCUGUAGCCCAUCAUUGGAAGAAUGAACUCUUACUUAGAAUACAUUCCCAGUUCAGACAUUCUGACGUUUUCUCCUAAGUUCUGUCACAGUAAUUCUCCAGCAGUCUCCCUGCAGCAGUGCUCCGGACAAGGUCGGUAUGUUUCAACUGAGUCAGUAGACGAUCCAUCUCCCACCCAACAUCACCUUCAUCAGUCGAUGCCUGCUACUCUCGAACAUUCCUAUGACUCCUCUCCAUCUGCAGAUAUUCACUUCUUACCUCAGAGUAACGUCGCCUAUGACUUUCCUUAUGCUGUUAACCAGGAUCAGGAUGACACUGGGGAAAUGCUCCCAUACAUCACCUCUGUUUACUCAGGAAGCGCGUCUUUUCCGCUCACUGCGCGCCAACACGAAUACAACAAUGUCUUUGUUGAGCAGGAAACACAUCAAACCUAUGGCAAGGAGUUCCAAAACUCUUACCCUGUAUAUGAUCAGAGUCUAUCGACGUCUCAGAGCAGCUACCAAAGGUCGGAAUCUCCCACAGGGCGGAGGAUCACUGCAGCAAAUACCUUUGAGUGGAUGAAAGUGAAGCGAAAUCCUCCAAAAACAGCUAAAGCAACUGACUAUGGGAUCCCCAGCCCACCCAGCACCGCCCGUACAAACUUUACCACCAAACAGUUGACGGAACUGGAGAAGGAAUUUCAUUUUAAUAAAUACUUGACACGAGCCAGACGGGUGGAAAUAGCGAACGUACUACAACUUAGUGAAACCCAGGUGAAGAUCUGGUUCCAGAACAGGAGGAUGAAACAAAAGAAAAGGGAGAGAGAAGGCUUUCUUGCCAAUUUGGCUGCUGUGAACUCUACUCAGGAUUCACCUUCUACAGAAAGUUCGGAUAAAUCGGACACUAUCUCUCCCUUGCCUUCCCCAUCAACAAAGAGUUCAUCAGAAAAUCUAAACUUUGUUGAACCGAAGCAAAUGCUUUCAGGAAUUGGGCCUUAACUUUCAACAUAUUUUUGGCCGAAAAUGAUGGAAUCAUUAAGCACCUGACCAAAGUUUUCACCUUUAUUCUAUUACAAUACCGGCAGGUGAUGCAGACUGGGUUGUUUGCAUGUAAUGGUUUGAGGUGACUAAGGUCUGUAAAAAUAUUAAACUAAACUCAAGGGUUUGGCCAAAGUUUUCACUUUGACAUGCAAUGUGUAUCAACACAAAUGGCAUUAACAGUUACGUGCAAAGGCGGAACACAAUCUGUCACUCAACUAGUGUGAAAAGACUUUCUUUCCUUAAUACGUUUGCACAAGCAUUAAGUCAGCCUUUAUAAAGUCUGAAGAAAAGCAAGGCUCCCCACAAUGCACCAGGUUUCCCCUAUAUACUGCCUUGCUGAGACUUCUACUUGCGCAAAGGAAAUUGUUUACAUGUACUGUAUUUUAUAUUGAUUUAUGUGUGAUGACAUUGACGAAUGUAAUGUAGCAUGUUCGACAUAGCUCCUCAAUGAGAGGAGUUUGCACAAUUAUGCCUCAGGUUGAAAGGUUGCGGAUGCUGCAAUGUAACACUGUGCCUAUCUAGCAUUCUUUCACUGGUAAAUAUGUUACUUAGCUACUCUACCUCUGUGUUACUUACCAUUGUGUAUUAAAGACUGGUUAU